CCAGGCUGCAGCCACAUAAUAGUCUGGGCUGCGAUUGGAGAGAGCAAGUGCGCACGGAAGCAGACGAUAUCGGAGGCAGGCACCGACCAGAACAGAGCGCAUCAUAGUAUCUGAUUUAACUGUAUUUGGGAAUCAAUUCAGAUUAUAAAGAGAAAACGUUCCAAUUGAGAAACGGAAAAYAAGAAGGGGUGAAAAUGGGACAUACAGUGUUACCCAUUUUGAUGGCCGUAUUGUCCCAUUGCAUGUGGGGAAAUGUCGAGGCUUUGGCCAUGGCUGAGGUGAAUGGACCGGGGCCCCUGGUGGCCGAGCCGCAGAUUGCCAUGUUCUGUGGGCGUCAGCUGCUGCACAUGAACCCUGAGACUGGCCAAUGGGAGCCUGACCCGCAGGGCCGCCAGGGCUGCUUCACAGAGCCCAACCAGAUCCUGUCCUACUGCCAAGAGAUGUACCCAGCCCUACAGAUCUCCCAUGUGGAGGAGUCCUCCAGCCCUGUCACCAUCCCAGCCUGGUGUAAGAAGGGCUGGGGCCACUGCCAGACACGCCCCUUCAUUGUCAUGCCCUACCGCUGCCAGGUGGGUGAGUAUGUGAGUGAAGCCCUGUUGGUUCCAGACCGAUGCCGUUUCCUGCACCAGGAGCAGAUGGAUGCCUGUGAGAGCUACGUCUACUGGCACAACAUAGCCAAGGAGGUACACACUCUGAGACACUACCAGCACAUUGAGGCCGUCGACCCCCAGAAGGCUGAGCAGAUGAAGUUCCAGGUCUACACCCACCUCCAUGUGAUUGAGGAGAGGAUGAACCAGAGCUUGGCUUUACUCUACCAGGUCCCUGCCUUGGCUGAGGAGUUGCACGAUGAUAUCCAGGAGCUGGUGAAGGCGGAGCGAGGAGACAUCAGUGAGCUCAUGACCACUUCCUUCUCUGAGACACGCACCACCGAGGAGCUGCUUCCUGCCGAGAGUGAGGAGGAGAAGGAUGACGAGGAGGAGGAGGAGAGAGCCUUCCAGAACAGGCCCUACCCACCCCGCAUCGACCCACAGCCCAACACUAAGAAAGCCUCUACAGACGAGUAUGACUAUGCCACAUCUGAGAGAAGCCCCACAUAUGAAUAUGAGGAGAAAAUUAACACCUCUCUGGAGCUCAAGCAGGUGGUCUACAAGUCUCCUGAGAUCCAGACCGAUGAACUGCAACCAGACGCCCUGGAGACAUUCAACCGUGGGGCCAUGGUGGGGUUGCUGGUGGUUGCCGUGGCCAUCGCCUUGGUGAUGGUGAUCAGUCUGUUGCUGGUGCGCAGGAAGCCGUAUGGCACCAUCAGCCACGGCAUUGUGGAGGUUGACCCCAUGCUGACCCCAGAGGAGCGCCAACUWAACAAGAUGCAGAACCACGGCUACGAAAACCCCACCUACAAAUUCUUUGAGCAAAUGAACUGAGGCGAUGGGUGUGGCCUCCCGGUCAUGCCCAAUCACACGAGGCGCUCCCUUUCCUUGCUCCCCUCCUAGGGGUGGUCCCAGUCACACCGCCUAUGUUGUAUUAAGAUGUAUCAUUACGACCAACACUUUAAUGUAACUUGACAAGCAAAUAGGGGGUAUAUACCCCAAACCUCUGACCAACCAUAUCCCCACAUCAGUUUUGGAAUGUAAACCAGUAACAGAGAUGUUUUACCAACUGACCCAUCCUCUUACUCUUCUGGUCUAGAAUAAAGGGGUGGACAUUAAUGCCACAGUGUAACAAUCAUCUCCUUUGGAGAGAUUCACUCCUGUCUACUUGGAUAGGAAUGCCAUUGGAAUGGCUUGAGUUGACCCCCUUAUUCUUAAUAAAAUGGAUUGAUAUUUGUCAGAAACGGA